AUAUGAUUAAAAAUAAAGGACAUUGGGUAUAUGGAGGUGCUAUUAUGCUUGCUUUACUUGGAGCAUUCAAAUAUACAAUGAAAUCUAAAAUAUCAUUACCUACAACUCAGAUAGAAUUCAGUCUACUACAAUCAUCCACCAAUCUUGAUUACAAUAAAAAACCAGCAGGUAUUAUAAACAAUGGCAAUACAUGUUUCUUAAAUUCAGUAUUAUAAGUACGAUAAAUUACAUAAUUAGUGGCCUUAAGUUCAUAACCCAAUUUCAUUGAAUAUUUAUUUGAAUUAGUUUAACAUAUUAAUGGAUAAACUACAUUACCAUAAUAGAUCUGUUUAGAAUUAGCUAAAAUCAUGAAAUAUUUAAAUAGUGAUCUAGAAGUCAUUGAUGCAUCUGAUUUAAUUCAACUACUCUCUGAAGAUGCUGAUUACUCCUUCUUUUAUCAAUAAUAAGAUUCCCAUGAACUCUUCAAUAUGCUUAUGAAACAUAUUGAAGAAGCUAAUAACCAAGUUAAUUCAUUUGAUCUAACUAUGUUGAAGUCUAAAUAAAUGAAAUCCAAAAAUCCAUUUCUUCAUCAUACUAAAGUUUAGAUUAAAUGUAAUUCUUGUAACUAGUCUGUAAUCUUUUCUAAAUAUAUAAUUUUAGUUUAAUUCACUCAAAGUAGAAAGUAAUUAUGCAUUCCAUUUCUAAUUAAAUUAUGCCAGAACAAUCAAAGAAGCUAUUGAUUAUAUACAAAAACCUGAAAUUAUCACUGAUUACAUUUGUUUCUAUUGUUCUUUGUAAUUUUUGAAGAAGAAAUAUACUCUAAAUGAAUAACAAACAUUAAUUGAUUCUUAUCUUUCUGUCAACAGUUAUGAUGAGGAUUCAUUCACUAUGAUUAAAAAAAUUAUUGCAUUAUUAAAUGCUAUUCAAGGUAAUCAAUACUAAAUAGAUCCAUAAAAGGCAUGUCUUAAAAGAACAGUAACACGUUAUACACAUAUUGCUAAAUAUCCUGUAUACUAUUAUAUUUUAAUUAGAAAACUUUUUGUUUCUUUGUUAAUCGACUCAUUGUGCAUCCCAAUUAUGGUUUAAUUAAAUUAGAUUAUCCUGUUCAUUUAGAUUCCACUUUUACUGUUGCUAAUAAACAAUACUCUUUCUCAGCAUUAGUUUGUCAUUUAGGAGACUCGUAUUCUGGUAAUUCUUUUUUAUCAUCAUUCUAGGACAUUAUGUUGCAUACAAAAGAACUUUUGCUUAAGAUCUUGAAUCAUCUAUGAGUUAAGAUAAAUCUUACAAGAAAUGUGAAUGGUACAUUACUUCUGAUGUUAAAGUCGUUCUUACAAAACAACCAUUGCAAGGUGAAGCAUAUUUAAUUUUUUAUGAUACAUAUUGA